UGUUAAGCCGUACAUCACUACUACGACAGUUAACAUGCAUUCUGUUUUUCUGAUUUCCAUUAUUUCAAGUCUACUAUUCGAACUCAACCACAGUCAGAUGCUGACAAAGAAAGCUGACGAAACCACAAGCGAAACAGCAGCGAAACCGAUCCUCACGGAUGAGUUCACGGAAGGCAAAAGCGCAAGCGUAAUGCCAACCACAAUGGGGACUACGCAAAUUGCGAGCAAUUCAACUAUCACUGAUCAACUCAUAGUGGAGAGCAAUAUGACCAUAAGACCAACCACUCACGGGACGUCGGAAACUACGGGUUCGUCAGCUCACUCUGAUCAUUACACAAAACCGACUAAGAAGACCACAAGACAAGCCACUCACGAGUCUUCACAAUAUACCUGUUCCUCAGGAAAACUCUAUGUCAGCGCGAUUGGAUUGAGCCUGAUGAUCUUGCAUUCAGCAACUUCGAUGUUUAAAUGGCUAUUCAAUGAAUAG